AUGCGGCUCAACAAGAGUGGCCAAGCGGAAGAAGCCUGCAAAAUGCCUCCUUUCGGCCCGCCGUACGACACGAACAACGUGUUCGCUAAAAUCCUGCGUGGAGAGAUCCCGGCGGACAAGAUCUUUGAGACGGAUGACGUCAUUGCUAUACUCGAUGCAUUCCCGUGCACGCGAGGCCAUAGUCUCUUGAUCCCAAAGGUGUCUGGGUACACCAACAUCGUGGACAUGCCAGCGGAGGAGGCUGCCAAGCUGUUCCGGGAGCUGCCACGACUGGCCAAGGCCGUGCAGGAAGCGGUAGGGUGUGACGGUAUCAACAUUGUCCAGAACAAUGGCAAGGCGUCCGGCCAAGAAGUGUUUCACCCGCACAUCCAUGUCAUUCCUCGGUUUCAAGGCGACAAGUUGUUCCAAUUGCCAGGUCUCGCUGACCCCAUCGAUCGAACUGAAGCUGCCUCGUUGCUCAACCUCAUCCAAGGCAAGUUGUAAGCAGGAUUGUUUUGCACGAAUGGCAGUCGCCAUGAGAGCCGGCAAACCACACUCCUCAUGCAAUUCCGCUGUCAGGACUGUUCAAAUGACCCAGUAAUUCAUCGAUACGAGCUCUUCAAUUGAGCGAGUUCUCCCUGCGGCUGCGCUUGGCAUACAUUGCACCUGAGCUUUUCAUACAUGCAAAGGAGCCAUGUAUAACAACAGUUAUUCUACACUACGCGAACAUCAAGGUUCGAAC